UGCCAGAAAUAAAGGUGCAGAAGAAGAUCACUUGCCUCCUGCUUACAGGAAAUGUUGAGUUCAUCAGCCUGCUGGGUGAAUGUCUGUCUAUGUUGUCUUCAUCUAAUUAGCCACAACAUAUCGCUGGUCCAGAGAGUGGAUGCUGCCUUCACUUCCUGCUGGUCUCCAUCCUCCCAUUUCAGCUGAGUCUCAACUCCGAAUGUUUGCGUGUGUGUGCAAGUUGAUGGUGUGUGCACCUGACUGUGCCUAUUGGCCCACCAUGUCCCCGUGUCCCUCAACGCUCCAGCGGAUUCCAUUGGUGUGUCUUGGCCUCCUCUGUCUGCUGCUGCCCCUCACUGACUCCACAGUAUCUAAGAAGGGCCCAACCCAGGUCCUGAACACAACACAAGCUAACUGCUCCGCUGCACUCAUUGCUGGAGUUGUUUGUUCCCCGGGGGAUAAUGGUGAUGUCGGUGAAAAUGCAACCGAUCUACAACUGAAAGGGCACUUAAAAGGCAAACAGAAGGACCAGUUUCCCAACAACUCAUCUUUGUCCACCAGCCACACCUCCGUCAGCCACGCGUUAAGUUCCUCUGUAGCGCUCACUCAGCCUUCUACCGUCACAGGCUCGCCCACGCAGGCGGCUCACACUGAUGCUGCUACGACCGCAGCUACACAACCUGUUGGGAAUGUAGUCCCAGCCGUUUCACUGGGGACUUCUGCAACCACGACAGCACCACCGUCGGCUGCCACAACAGCUACGUCUACAACACUGAUGACUACAAAAACAACAGCAAUAACUACACAAACGUCUGCUGCUACAACCGCUACGUCUACAACACUGAUGACUACAAAAACAACAGCAAUAACUACACCGUCUGCUGCUACAACAGCUACGUCUACAACACCGCCAACAACGCCAACAUCUACAGCAGCAGCCACAGCGCCACCCCCUGCAACAUCUGUAAAAGCAAGAACCAGACUUACAACGGCUAACCCAACUGUUGCUAUGACUACAACCACCGGUACAAAGAUAUCAUCAGCCGCCACGCCACAUCACGCCCUGAGUACUGGGAAGCCACCAAUUCAGACCUCUCUACCCACAGGACCUACUACCAUAACCACUACCAGUCCCAGCACACCGACUGGUCGCAGUGCGCCUGUCGCCCCGGGACCGAGGGUUCCCGUGGUAGACGUGGCGGGGGCCCCUCUGACCAAGCAGCUGGUGGACACGGCGUCCUUGCUGUCCGUCCUGCUCUUCGGCCUGCUCUUCUUCCUGGUCACGGUGGCCGUGUUUGUCACGCAGGCCUACGACAGCUACCGGAGGAAGGACUACACCCAGGUUGACUACCUGAUCAAUGGCAUGUACUCCGACUCUGGGGUGUGAGGGAGGGGAAGGGGGAAGGGGGAAGGGGGGAGGGAGUAGGAAGAGGCGAAGCACACCGCUUGGAGGUUGUUUUUGUGCUUGGAGUCAGAGACCGGAGUGGAAGACGGACUGGGAGGUAAUGCGCUGGUGCUCUGAAUUCACGAGGUGAGUUCACGGAAAAGUAGGAGUGAACUAAACUGACCAGCAUCUCACUGAACUGACCCUGGAGCAGUCACUGAUCUGUUUCCUCUUAACAGCUCCACUUAGCACUUUGUUCUUUCUGCUUUUCCUUCUUUAAUUGUUUGAAUGUGAAGAGUUUGGCUUGUCCCUGCUUUUCCAAAUGUUGAGCAUCAUAAAUAGAGGUUACGUGGAUAUAACUCCAGUUCUAUGCGUACGUGCAAAGCCCUUUGCUAUUGGCCCACGACGGAAUCUCCUCCACAAUGCUGGGCAGACCAACUGUAGUUGGUUCCAGGGCUGCUGGACCAAUCAGGAUGCUUCCAAGGUGAUAACAAGCUCAACAGAUGAUUUUUCAUGUUCCCAAUGUCUGGCUGAAAAAAAAUAGAUCUGUCAAAUUGUUUGAGUUAUUGUACCUUUUUUAGAUGUAUGUCGUCACACAGAGGUGUAGUGCUCAUUAAGGACUAGGGAUAUCAAAACAAUCAAGUUUAUAUGAAUUUGGGCACCAACUAUAUCGGAGACUUAACUUUCAUUUUCUAGUAACUAACUAAUAACUUAUUUUAGAUAAAAGUGACUGAAAAUGUUAAAUAAAUAACCAGCAAAUUGAUUUAAGACUUGUCAGUCAACCUCGACCCUACCGGAACAGGCACUUGAAUUAGCUCGUCUAAAACACAUCCCACUGGGAAUGAACCAAGAUGCGUAUUGGGGCUGCAACUACCGAUUUAUUUUCAUUGGUGAUUAAUGUGAGGAUUAUUACCUGGAUGGAUGGAGGGAUUAGUUGUUUGGUCUCUAAAAUGUGGAUCAGUGUUCCCAAAGCCCAAGAUGUCGUCCUGAAAUGUCUUGUUUUGUCCACAACUCAAAGAUCUUCAGUUUACUGUCCCAGAGAGAAGAAACUAGAAAAUAUUCACAUUUAACAAGCUGAUAUCACACAAGUUGACUGUUUUCAUAAAAAAUUACUCUAAGUGAUUAAUCGAUUAUCAAAAUAGUUGGAGAAUAAUUGAAUAGCUGAAAACUAAUUGAUUAAUGGAUUAAUCUUUGCAGCUCUAAUGCGUGUCAUGAAACACUCCCACAUACUGUGUGUGCAAAAUAACAUCAACAGAGCUGGGCGAUAAUUCAAUAUCAUUAUAAACUUUGAGUCAUGUCGUAUCACGAGCAUGUGAUCAUAUUGUGUUAGUUUGUCCAAAUUGAGAUUUGAGAAAACUAAAUUCAC